UUUCUCUCUCUCUCUCUCUCUCUAUGGACUUGAAAGUUUGCUGUUUUGGUUAUUCGAAAACAUCUACUUCGUUACCGGUAUCACCUCCUACUCCAAUCCGAUCAAAAUCCCAAGCUUCAAUUCUAUCUUCUUCAUCUUCUUCUUCUUCUUCUUCCUCUUCUUCUUCAGCUUCGCCUAAAUCCUUUUUCAAACCCCGAAGUUUCCGUAGCCUUCCGUCUAAUUGGCGCUCUUUCAACUCCAUCAAAUCCCAAUCUCAACCCCAAAACUCCAGCUUUCACAUUCUUAAUGACGGAUUUGUCCUCGAAGAUGUUCCUCAUUUGACCAAUUUCCUCCCGGAUUUGCCUUCAUAUCCAAAUCCUCUGCAGAAAAAAACCCAAUCUUAUGGGCUUGUCAAGAAAACUUUUGUAACGACUGAAGACGUGGUUGCUGAAAAUAUUGUUGUUCAAAAAGAUAGUCCUAGAGGAGUACAUUUUCGACGUGCAGGGCCUCGAGAAAAGGUUUAUUUCAAGUCAGAUGAAGUACGGGCUUGCAUAGUGACUUGUGGGGGCUUAUGCCCUGGGAUCAAUACUGUCAUAAGGGAGCUAGUAUGUGCUUUGAACUACAUGUAUGGCGUCGACGACAUUCUUGGAAUCGAGGGAGGAUAUAGAGGCUUCUACUCCAAAAAUACGCUGACAUUGACAACCAAAGUUGUCAAUGAUAUCCACAAACGCGGUGGCACAUUUCUUAAAACUUCACGGGGAGGUCAUGAUACUAAAAAAAUAGUUGAUAACAUACAAGACCGAGGGAUAAAUCAGGUUUAUAUCAUUGGUGGUGAUGGUACCCAAAAAGGAGCAGCUUUAAUAUACAAGGAAGUUGAGAAACGUGGUCUUCAAGUGGCAGUCGCUGGAAUCCCCAAGACAAUUGAUAAUGAUAUUGCUGUCAUAGACAAAUCAUUUGGUUUUGAUACUGCCGUUGAAGAAGCUCAGAGGGCUAUUCAUGCUGCCCAUGUGGAGGUUGAGAGUGUGGAAAAUGGAGUUGGAAUUGUCAAACUCAUGGGAAGAUACAGUGGUUUCAUUGCUAUGUAUGCAACUUUGGCAAGUCGAGAUGUGGAUUGCUGCUUGAUUCCAGAGUCUCCAUUCUAUUUGGAAGGCAAGGGUGGGCUUUUCCAAUUUGUGGAACAGCGGCUAAAAGAAAAUGGUCACAUUGUUAUUGUGUUAGCCGAAGGAGCAGGGCAGGACUAUGUUGCAAAGGACAUACAUGCUGCUGGGGAUAAAGAUGCAUCAGGAAAUAAGCUACUGUUAGAUGUUGGUCUAUGGCUAUCUGAAAAAUUUAAGGCUUAUUUCACAAAGGGUCAGAAGAUGGAGAUAAAUUUGAAAUAUAUAGAUCCAACUUAUAUGAUUCGGGCUAUUCCAAGUAAUGCAUCAGACAACAUCUACUGCACCCUUCUUGCUCACAGUGCUGUUCAUGGGGCCAUGGCUGGAUAUACUGGCUUUACGGUUGGACCUGUGAAUAGCAAGCAUGCUUAUAUUCCUAUUUCUCGUGUGACUGAGGUGCAAAAUACAGUGAAAUUGAGAGAGAGGAUGUGGGCUAGACUUCUUGCAUCGACGAACCAACCUAGUUUCUUGGAUUGCAACGAGGAGCAAGAAACAGUUGUUGAUGGUAUGACUGUUGGCGUGAACAACAAUGGGUGUAGUGCCAUGUAGAUUUUGUAGAACUCAGUUCAGAAUCUAAGUGGGCAGCCUCAAUACACAAUUGGAUUUUUGUUUGGAGCUUUGUUCUCACAGCUUCAAGGAUAUGAUACGAAGGCCACCUGUGAGGGACCUCAACUUAAAUAUUGGUUGUGCACCUCCUCUAUGCCCUGCUCCUUUGAAAAUGGAAUUUUGCUUUAUUAUAACGGCCAAUAUCAUUGAUCUCUCUUAAGGACAUAAUUAUAGGAAGUUUUAUCAUUAUGAAAAUUCAAGGGUUAGCUCCCACAUUAUUAACUAGAAAGUAUGUAAAUUUCAUUGAUUUAAAUUAUUAUAAUUUUCAAUGAACCGAGCUAAAUGAUGUAUUAUUUUAAGAGAAAUUUUAGUUGCACUAUGAAUUCGAUACAGUUCCAUUAUAAAUUUAUAUUUUUACUUCUA